AUGAUAGCACAAAACUCAAUAUACGGUUGGUAUAUAUACGGACCAAUUGCAUACGACAGUAUGGCAUUGGCUACAGUCGAAGUAUCUUCGAAACGUAAAAAAGGAGACAUAGGCGUAUUAUUACGAAAAUUCUGGGAACAAGAGGAAGUCGAACGGGCUCCUAUUCCCACCGUAGAAGAUGAGUAUUGUGAAGACUUCUACAAGAAAACAACGUGCCGUCGACCGGACGAUAAUAGGGUGCGCAACUGUAAUGCAGUAGGCAAUUGCAGGAUAUGUCGGGAACGGCACCACACGCUAUUGCAUCCCAACAACCAGCGGCAGUUCGACAACAAACACCAGCAGCCUCAGCGGUUCAGCAACAAGCCCGCACAGAAGCCCAACAAUAAUCAACCACAGCAGCCCAAAGGCAAUCUCCCACAGCGGAACAACAACAACAGGUUCACUCAUCGGAACAACCCGCCACAGAGGUCUAGCAACCCACCUAAGAGGCCAAACAACAACCCGCCACAGAGGUCUAGCAACCCACCUCAGAGGCCAAACAAUAACAACAACCCCCCCUCAGAGGCCAAACAACAACAAGAACCCCCCUCAGAGACCAAACAAACCCCCCACAACGAUCAAAAAACUCAACCCCUAAGAAGGCCGAAACCCAACAACAACAAAAAUCUUCCGUAG